AUGACACAAAUCACCCACGACCACCAACCCACGCUCCUACAACCUGGAGUCUGGACACCACUUGCAACACCGUUUGAUGCGUCAGAGGAGAUCGACUAUGUCGCCUGGAAGAAGCACGUGCUGCGCAUCGCCUCUGCUGGCUCCGGUCUCGUGAUCAUGGGCACCAACGGCGAAGCUAUCCACCUUUCUGCACCCGAACGGUUCCAACUCGUCUCGACAGCGCGGCAGUACCUGUCGGAAGCCGGGCUGUCGUCGACGCAGAUCAUCGCAGGAACCGGUGUCGGAUCUGUCAAGGAAACCAUCGCCAACUGCGUGGAUGCGGCUCGAGCUGGUGCAGAUGCAGUCAUCGUCAUCCUCCCCGGCUACUUCGCCUCGGGGUUGAGCAAGGACCGUUUUGCCAUCAAGCAGUUCUUCACCACGGUUGCGGACAAGUCGCCGCUGCCGGUGAUGGUGUACAACUUCCCCGCAUGUGUCGGCGGCAUCGAUCUCGACAGCGACCUGAUCAUCGACAUUGCUUCACACCCCAACAUUUGCGGUGCAAAGCUCACCUGCGCCAAUGUGGGCAAAGGAGGUCGUAUUGCGAGUACCAUCCAACGUCCCGACUUCCACGUCUGGUCCGGUUUCGCCGACAUCAUCGUCCCCGCCACCACGGUCGGCUUCACAGGCGUCAUCGCCGGAAGCGGCAACAUUAUCCCGCGAACCCUGGUUGCACUAUAUAAGCUCGCCUCAGAAGCUGUCCAGCAGAAGAAUUGGGAAAAGCUCGCCGAAGCGCAAAAGUUGCAGCAGGUGGUAAGCCAUGCUGAUUGGGUGCUGUUCAAGGCGGGAAUUCCCGGAACAAAGUGUGCACUCGACCGAUGGUACUACGAGUACGGCAUUUGCAGAAUGCCCCUACAGCCGGCGACCAAGGAGGUCAAGGCCAUGCUUGAGCUCGAGCUGGUCGAGGCAAUGAAGAUUGAGAGGCAGUUUGAGGAGCGUGAUGGUGUUAGCCCCGCAAAGCCCUGA